GUCAAGAAAGUUGAUUUAAACGACUGGCUUCCGAUCACCCAAUCCAGAAAAGGAAACUGGUGGUACUCUGCUUUUCAUAACGUCACCGCCAUGGUCGGCGCCGGAGUUCUUGGUCUCCCUUACGCCAUGUCGCAGCUCGGCUGGGGACCGGGAGUGGCGGUGAUAGUAUUAUCAUGGAUAAUAACGUUGUACACACUCUGGCAAAUGGUGGAGAUGCACGAGGAGGUACCAGGGAAGAGGUUCGACAGGUACCACGAGUUAGGGCAGCACGCUUUCGGGGAGAAGAUGGGUCUAUGGGUGGUGGUGCCACAACAGCUAAUGGUGGAAAUUGGUGUGAACAUUGUGUACAUGAUUACUGGUGGCAACUCUUUGAAGAAGAUCCAUGACUUGGCUUGCCAUGACUGCAAGCCCAUCAAGACUACUUACUUCAUCAUGAUCUUUGCUUCUGUUCACUUCUUUCUUUCCCAUCUCCCUAGCUUCAACUCCAUCACUCUUGUCUCUCUUGCUGCUGCUGUCAUGUCCUUGAGUUAUUCAACAAUAGCAUGGGUAGCAUCAGCACACAAGGGUGUAGUUCCAGAUGUUAGCUACGGGCACAGAGCGACAACCACAGCAGGCAACGUCUUCAACUUCUUAUCAGCCUUGGGGGAUGUGGCCUUUGCAUUUGCAGGCCACAACGUGGUGCUUGAGAUUCAAGCCACCAUCCCUUCCACACCGGACUGCCCGUCUAAGAAGCCAAUGUGGAAGGGCGUCGUUGUCGCUUAUUUGGUGGUCGCGCUCUGUUACUUCCCCGUUGCUUUCGUCGGCUACUUGGUCUUUGGAGAUUCUGUUCAAGACAAUAUUCUUAUAUCCCUCAACAGACCUGUUUGGCUUAUCAUUGCUGCCAACUUGUUCGUCGUCAUUCAUGCUAUUGGUAGCUACCAAAUCUUUGCUAUGCCUGUUUUUGAUAUGUUGGAGUCUUUCUUGGUUAAGCAAAUGAAGUUUCAGCCCUCUCGUUGCCUUCGUUUCGUCACACGAACUACUUACGUCGCCCUCACGAUGUUCAUUGCUAUGACGUUCCCCUUCUUCGGCGGACUUCUAAGUUUCUUUGGAGGCUUUGCAUUUGCCCCCACAACUUACUAUCUGCCUUGCAUUAUGUGGCUUGCCAUCAAAAAGCCAAAACGUUACGGCCUUUCUUGGUUUAUUAAUUGGAUAUGCAUAAUUAUUGGAGUGUUAUUGAUGGUGCUGGCCCCUAUUGGAGCAUUAAGGAAUAUCAUUCUUCAAGCCAAGACAUUCAAAUUUUAUUCUUGA